AUGGAUAUUCAUGUUCUUCAAAGCCAGCCCGCCCAGAAGGUCGCGUUUAAAGACUCUUCCACGGUUCGUGUGGGUAAUAAACUUGUUCGCAAUAAGCCACCCACCCAGCCCUCUGCUAUGCGACCCAAGCAUUUGGUCCGCGGCGGGUUCCAGCCGCGCCUUCCGACUUCGCUGCCGCCCCCAGGGCAGCAGCAGCAGCCGUCGCCGCUACCACGCCGACAGCCCGUCCCGUUGAUGCCUCCCGCGCAGCUUCAUCCGGGAGCGGCCCAGGUGGUCGCUCCGGCGCCUGCGGUCCCUCUUCAGUCGCCACCGCCUUCGGAGCUGAUGGACGUCGACCCCUCAGCCGGGCCGCCUUCCCAAGCGGUGGCUGUGCAGCCUGUCCUGCAGCCGCUUUCCUUGGGCACCCCCAAGGACUCUGACACCGCAGCGCCUUGUCCGGUGCCCACUCGGCAGCCGUCGACGCAGCAUCAGGAGACGCUGCCUCUCUUCGUGGGUCCCGACGCCCCGUCGCGUCCAGUACCAGAAGCUGCGCCCGUGGUCACAGGCGUGCACCCUGACCUCGGUCUUCAAAAGAAAUAUUUUCGUUAUCUUCCCAAGUCUGCUCGUAAUGCUUUUAAGCCUUCAAGACUCCAGAGAGGGGACAAGGAGGGCGAGGAGAGGAUAGACAAAGAGAGAUUAGGAGCAGGAGAAAUUCUUCAACUCACUACCACUGACUACGUGGCUUCAUUACUUCAGCAACUACCUCCUUCUGGCAACUAUUGUCGUCAUCUGUUCCAAACUGGAGAACUAUUCCGUGAUUCUUGA